AUGGUAAAGGGAGGGAAGGUUAGUUCCAAGCGAAAAUUUACGUCAAGAAUUCAGUCGAAGUAUAAGGAUUCCGAUGAUUCGGAUGAGGAUUAUGUCAUUUCAGAUGAAGAAAAUGAAGUUUCUGACGAUUUGGAGGAGGAUUAUUGUUCUUCUGUGAAUGGAGAUGCAUCAGAAGAGAGCUUUGGGAGUUUUGUUGAGGAGGAGGAAGAUGAAGAGGAAGUGAAAAAGGUGAGAAAGAAAAGCAGACCAAGAGCAAAAAAGUGUUCAGAUGGUUUUAUUGUGGAUGAGGAGGAGGAAGAAGACGAAGAGGAAAUGAAACAUGUCAGGAAGACAGUCAGAUCAAAAGUUCAAAAUGGGUUUUCUGGGCGGCAGAAAAAUGGGGUUAAACCAUCACGAAAGAGGAGAAAGGUUGCUUAUCAAGAAGCGGAGGAUCAAGAUUAUGAUGAUGAAGAUGAUGAUGACGAUGAGGAGUUUACACCAGAUGAAGAUGAUUUUUCAGAGGUGGAAGAAAAACCGGUGGUGAAAAAGAAGAAAACUAAUGUGAAAGUGGGCAAGCAGCGUUUGAAGAAAAAGGGUCCUCUAAGAGGUGAAAAAAGUAGAAAAUCUGUGGCCUCGAAGAAGCCUUUGAGAAAGAAAGGUAGAAAAGGUCAGGCUGCGAGGAGGAAGGUAAGAUGUGAUGAUGAUAUUGAAAAUGAUGGUGAUUUUAUGGAGAUUAACCUGCCUGUGAGAGAAAAGAAUGAGAAGAAAAGGGUGAGGAAAAGGAGGAGAUGUGUUGUACCGUCAGAUUCAGAUUUUGUGUCUUCUGGAUCAUCUGAUUAUGACUACACCAUCUCUGAGGAAGAGAGAGAGCAAGUGAGGGAAGCCAAGGAGUUGUGUGAAAGCUUGAAAACUAAUUUGCGAAGUUCAUCCGUGUCUACUAACAUUCAGGAGCAUAGGCUUGUACAGCAGCCAAGAAAGCCUCCUAGAAGGAAGGGCAAGGAGAAGAUUGAGCAAGUGAAGCUGGAGGCGGGAAAGCAGGUCUGUGGAAUUUGUCUCUCAGAGGAAGAUAAAAGAAGAGUGAGGGGAACACUAGACUGUUGCACUCAUUAUUUUUGUUUUGUUUGCAUUAUGGAAUGGGGAAAAGUGGAAAGUCGUUGCCCAUUGUGCAAGCAGAGGUUUAAGACGAUCAGUAAGCCUGCAAGAUCUGCAACAGGAAUUGAUUUGAGAGAAGUGGUGAUACAGGUCCCAGAGCGUGAUCAGGUCUAUCAACCAACAGAAGAAGAACUCAGGAGUUAUCUUGACCCUUAUGAGAAUGUGAUAUGUACGGAAUGCCACGAAGGUGGGGAAGAUGGCCUCAUGUUACUGUGUGAUGUAUGCGAUUCACCUGCUCACACCUAUUGUGUUGGUCUUGGGCGGGAAGUACCCGAAGGUAAUUGGUACUGUGAGGAUUGUAGACCUGUAGCUAUGGGAUCCUCAAGUUCACAGGCUCAGGGUCGGUUGUCUGAUCAGAGAACUACAAACAACAUUUUGUCUAAUAGACAAUCACCCGUUGUAAAUUUUGAUGAAGGCUUAGAGAUAGAUCUUAAUUUGGUGUCCUCACCUCGUUCACAUUUUACUCAAGCAUUUGGGAAUCCAUCAUCCCCUAGAGUUCCUGUUGGAGGUUUUCAAGCAGCCUCCCCGGUAUCUGGGGCUGGGGCACCAACUUUAUCAGGGAGACGCCUAAUACAGCGUCAUAUUCAACAACUCCUUUAUGCUAAUAGAACGAGUUACAUGGCCAGAACGGAGAGGAACUCGUCUGAUAAUUUGAGUAAUGAUUUCUUAAAUUCUCAAGCUGCUCAGGGGAGGGAAACAACAGUACAACAUACAAGGACAGACGAAAUGGAGGCAUCUUACCAUACGUUCUUUGAGGAGAGAUUACAAGAAAAUCCUUUAGCACAAGUGCAAGAUAAUGAUUUCCUUUCUUCAACAUCAAGCCAUCAGAGAAGGCAAGCAAUCCAGGAUCCAACUGCACCAUCCGCUGAUAGAUCUCUCAAUGGAGCAUUAUGGCCUGAACUUACAGGGAUGAAUUCAAUAUCAGGUUAUGGGCAGUUCCAUCACAUCAACAGUAUACCAAAUAUUAGAUCUGAUGGUGGCAUGCCCCCUACCCCUAAUACAGCUAUAGAACAGAGUGAUUUUCACAAAGCAAAGGAACAGCUGAAAAUGAUGGUCAAAGGCCACUUGGAUAACUUGUCCCGAGAUAUUAAUUUAGACAAAGGAACUUUUAAGGAAAUUGCGAGGAGAUCAACGCACACCAUCUUAGCUGUAUGUGGGCGUGAGCACAGAAGCAAUGAGGUAGUUGCUGUGGGAAGUCGUAAAGAGGAUCCUGGAUACGAAACUACAGCAGUGGUUGAGAUUAGGUCUUUAGCCUGA